AAAGGGCCGGAGUGAGGCCGCCGCGGCGGCGGGGAGGUGGGGCGAGGCGAGGCUUGCUGAGGCUAGGCGGCGGCCGGGCCGGGCCGGGCCACAGGCGGUGGCGGCGGGACCAUGGAAGCAGCGGCCGCUGCUCCGCGUCCCCGGCUGCUCCUCCUCGUGCUGGCGGCGGCGGGGACGCUGCUCCCGGGGGCGACGGCAUUACAGUGUUUCUGCCACCUCUGUACAAAAGACAAUUUUACUUGUGUGACAGAUGGGCUCUGCUUUGUCUCUGUCACAGAGACCACAGACAAAGUUAUACACAAUAGCAUGUGUAUAGCUGAAAUUGACCUAAUUCCUCGAGACAGGCCAUUUGUAUGUGCACCUUCUUCAAAAACGGGGUCUGUUACUACAACAUAUUGCUGCAAUCAGGACCAUUGCAAUAAAAUAGAACUCCCAACUACUGGCCCUUUUUCAGUAAAGCCGUCACCUGGCCUUGGUCCUGUCGAACUGGCAGCUGUCAUUGCUGGACCAGUCUGCUUCGUCUGCAUCUCACUCAUGUUGAUGGUCUAUAUUUGCCAUAACCGCACUGUCAUUCACCAUCGAGUGCCAAAUGAAGAGGAUCCUUCAUUAGAUCGCCCUUUUAUUUCAGAGGGUACUACGUUAAAAGACUUAAUUUAUGAUAUGACAACAUCGGGUUCUGGAUCAGGUUUACCAUUACUUGUUCAGAGAACAAUUGCGAGAACUAUUGUGUUACAAGAAAGCAUUGGCAAAGGUCGAUUUGGAGAAGUUUGGCGAGGAAAGUGGCGGGGAGAAGAAGUUGCUGUUAAGAUAUUCUCCUCCAGAGAAGAGCGCUCGUGGUUCCGUGAGGCAGAGAUUUAUCAAACUGUAAUGUUACGUCAUGAAAACAUCCUGGGAUUUAUAGCAGCAGACAAUAAGGACAAUGGUACUUGGACUCAGCUCUGGUUGGUAUCAGAUUAUCAUGAGCAUGGAUCCCUUUUUGAUUACUUGAACAGAUACACAGUUACUGUGGAAGGAAUGAUAAAACUCGCUCUGUCCACAGCAAGUGGUCUUGCCCAUCUUCACAUGGAGAUUGUUGGUACCCAAGGAAAACCAGCUAUUGCUCAUAGAGAUUUGAAAUCAAAGAAUAUCUUGGUGAAGAAGAAUGGAACUUGCUGUAUUGCAGACUUAGGACUGGCAGUAAGACACGAUUCAGCCACAGAUACAAUUGAUAUUGCUCCAAACCACAGAGUGGGAACAAAAAGGUACAUGGCCCCUGAAGUUCUAGAUGAUUCCAUAAAUAUGAAACAUUUUGAAUCCUUCAAACGAGCUGACAUCUAUGCAAUGGGCUUAGUAUUCUGGGAAAUUGCUCGACGAUGUUCCAUUGGUGGAAUUCAUGAAGAUUACCAGCUGCCUUAUUAUGAUCUUGUACCUUCUGAUCCAUCAGUUGAAGAAAUGAGAAAAGUUGUUUGUGAACAGAAGUUAAGGCCAAAUAUUCCAAACAGAUGGCAGAGUUGUGAAGCCUUGAGAGUAAUGGCUAAAAUUAUGAGAGAAUGUUGGUAUGCCAAUGGAGCAGCUAGGCUUACAGCUUUGCGCAUUAAGAAAACAUUGUCACAACUCAGUCAACAGGAAGGCAUCAAAAUGUAAUUCUGUGGCUUUGCCUGAACUCUACUUUUUUCUUCAGAUCUGCUCCUGGGUUUUAAUUUGGGAGGUCAAUUGUUCUACCUCACUGAGAGGGAACAGAAGGAUAUUGCUUCCUUUUGCAGCAGUGUAAUAGAGUCAGCUAAAAACUUCCCAGGAUUUCUUUGGACCCGGGAAACAGCCAUGUGGGUCCUUUCUGUGCACUAUGAACGCUUCUCUCCCAGGACAGUUACAAAAUGUUGUGUAGUCUACCUUAAUUUUUUAUUAACAAAACUUGUUUUUUAAAAAAAGAUGAUUGCUGGUCUUAACUUGAGGUAACUCUGCUGUGCUGAAGAUCAUCUUUAAGGGUAAAGGAGCUGGAUUGCUAAGUUAUAAUGAAACAUUUCUUAUUUUUAAAGAAAGUGAUUUACUCCUGGUUAGUACAUUCUCAGAGGAUUCUGAACCACUAAAGAGAUUCCUUGAUUCAGACUUCGAAUGUACUGUUCCAUCAUUUUUCAGGAUCUUAAGACUAACACUUAUAAAACUCUUAUCUUGAGUCUAAAAAUGACCUCAUAUAGUAGUGAGGAACGUAAUUUAUGCAAUUGUAUUUUGUAUACUAUUAUCGUUCUUUCACAUAUUCAGAACAUUACAUGCCUUCAAAAUGGGAUUGUACUAUACCAGUAAGUGCCACUUCUGUGUCUUUUCAAUGGAAAUGAGUAGGAUUGCUUAAAGUCUGUGUGUUAAAACCAAUAAUGUUUGAAUUUGAAAAGUCUAUUUAUUUGGGUAAUCCAGACUUUUUCUGUUUUGUUUUUUGGAAGGGUUUUUGUGGUAUGUCAUUUGGUAUUCCAUUUUGAAAAUGCCUUUCUCCUACCAAACUGUGCUUAAACCACUAAAGAAAUGAAGUGGUGUUAAUUAGUAAGUCGUUUUCAUGGUCAUGUUUGAAUAUUCUCACAUCAAGCAUUUUGAUUGUGUUGUCUAAGUAUACUUUAAAAAAAAAUCAAGUGGCACUCUAGAUGCUUAUAGUAAGUACUUUAAUAAUUUAAAGUUUGUAGCGUACAGACUAAUUUUUCUAAAAGGGAAAGUUUGUCUAGCUGCCUGUGAAAAGUUGUGUGGUAUUCUGUAAGCCAUUUUUUUCUUUAUCUGUUCAAAGACAGUGUUAUUUUUUUAAGAGAUGAAUUACAUUUAAAGUUAGAAUACAGUUAAUGUUAAAUAAUAGGCCUUUUUCUAGGAAGGCAAAGGUAGUUAAUAAUUUGCAUAGAUAACAGGUGUGUGAGAAAGUCACAUUGUUACAUAGGAGUAAGUGUUCAGUGGGUUCUCUGUCUUUGUAACCAAGGUUAGAGAGUUAGUGUGGUUUUGAGGUCUCACUACACUUUGAGGAAGGCAGCUUUUAAUUCAGUGUUUCCUUAUGUUUGCAGAUCGCAACUGCUUAAUUUACAUGUAAUUUAUGUAAUUAAUUCAGUGCACCCUUGAUAUUUGGGAGAGGUGGUAGCUAAAGAACAUUCUGAAUAUAGGUUCUCCAUUUAUAGAUGUUUUCGGUCAGAUUAAAUGUUCAAAGCAAACUUGUUGUGGUCUUCUUACAUUAAGUUAAAACUAGCUUAUAAUAACUGGUUUUUACUUCCAGUGCUAUAAAGUCUCUGCAGGGCUUUUACAGUUUUCAAAGUCCUUUUUAUCACUGUGAUCUUAUUCUGAGGGGGGUAAACUAUCAUAGCUGUUAGGCAAGACUGACUUUAUAGUGCUAUCAAUUCCCCAAUAAAAGGGUCAGAAUAACCUUUCCAGUAUUUUGGUCAGGAAGAGAUAGUGGCCAUUUACACUGAAUGAGUUGCAUUCUGAUAAUGUCUUAUCUCUUACACAUAGAAUAAAUUCAAAAGACUAUUUGGUCUUAAAACCAAAGUAAUUUUAGAAUGAAUGACAUAUUACAUAGGAAUUUAAUGUCAAUUUUUCAUGUGUUUAAAAACAUCAUGGGGAAAAUGUGCUUAGAGGUUACUAUUUUGAUUACAAAUUUGAGUAUUUUUCUGUAGUUACCGUGAUUUCAUCGAAGCAAAUGAAUGAGUUUGAGAGGUUUGUUUUUAUAGUUGUGUUAUAUUACUUGUUUAAUAAUAAUCUCUAGUUCUGUGAUCAGGUACUCUUUUUUUUUUUUUUUUUUUUUGGGCCAUUUCUAAGCCUACCAGAUCUGCUUUAUUAAAUCCAGGGGACCAAUGCAUUUUAUCACUAAAACUAUUUUUAUAUAAUUUUAAGAACAUACCAAAAGUUGUCUGAUUUAAAGUUGUAAUACAUGAUUUCUCACUUUCAUAUAAAGUAAUCAACUUCUGCUGAAGAUAUUCUUUGUUAAAUCAAAGAUUGAGUUGCAAUUAUACUGUUCUUGCCUAAGUGGAUAAAGUGUACUUUUGAUCAAUCAGGGAAUUUUUUUAAAAGUUGGAAUUUAGUUCUAAAUUGAGUUUACAUAUUACUGCAGUUAAUUUCUUUUUUUGCUAGGGACAGUUUAAUAAACCCCAAUUGGCUAAUAAUGAAAGUGAAAGUAACUUAAAAGAUGAGAUGGAUCGUGAUUACUGUGGCCAUAACUGCAGGUAGAUUUGACUAGAGUAAUAAUUUUUUCAUUUUGAAACACAAUCCUUUGUUUAUACUGCCUAUCUUAUGAUGCUUACUUUCCCAGAUUUGACUUGGCUAAAACAUAUCUUCUGGCAAAUUACCUGUACACAUUCAUUUUCUCAGUAUCCAGAAGGAGUGGGACUGGGGGAAUUGUGACUUAGUGGGACACAGACACCCCUGGUCCAUCCUUCCUUCCUAUCUUCAGCUCUGUUUCUCCCAGCCUGCUCUCCUGCUGGUCCCUGACCCAAAGACAAUUGCCUCCCCCCAGCCUUUUGAUUGAAGAGCCGCUUUCAAGACCUAGAGUAAAAGGGCUGAGGGAAGUUGUGGGACAUACUUCCGUUUCCUUGAGUCAUUGAAGGUGGCAGGGAGGGAUCUCCAAGUUUGGACAUUGAGCAGAUGAGGCUUGGGAUGCUUCUGCUGGUUGCCCUGCUUUGUUUGACUUUAGCCUUGGACGAGGAGGGGGAUGGCAGCUGUGGCAGCGGGAGUUGUGCCAGCAGCAAUGGCCAGUUGUAUCCCCUAUAGGACAGGGUAAGGCCCGGAGAGCUGAGUCUGUAAUUCUGCUGUAAUGAUAGUGCUCAAGAAGUGCCUUGAGUCGGAGUACAGUGCCAUGGCCAUCAAGAAUUUCAGAUUUCUGUUCUUAUUGCAAAAUUUAAGUGGCAACUUGGCCAUUUUUAUAGUCUUGUGCAUGAGUUACCUUUUUCGUCUUUGCGUCUGAGAACUGUCAGUUACAGACUAUUUUGUAAAACAAGAUGGCAAAGAGCUAAUUAAGAUGCACAACAAAAUCAAUAUCCCAUUAGACAUGUUGUAUCAAAAGCUUAUUUUUAUCCUUGCACUGAAAGAAAGAUUGUAAGUCUCAACUAUUUUUUUUUUUGUUUCUUGACCAUGGCAGUGUUCUGGCUCCAAAUGGUGGAGGUUCCAAAUAAUGGUUCUGUUAUAGCUCAGCAGAAAAUGUCAAAAAAUGCAGAUAUUUUGAGAUCCUAAAAAAUAGCUCUGAACAUGUACUGUAGCUUCUUGUGUCUGUUUUGGAACGCUGGAUACCUGUGUGCCCUCUCUCUAAGAAUGCUGGACUUCUUUAUAAGAGUUGUCAGUACAUUAGAUUUUUCAAUCCCAUUAUGCAAUCUUAUUUGUAAAUGUAAACUUUUAAAAAUAUGGUUAAUAACAUUCAACCUGUUUCUUAAAACUGAAAAGGAACUUCAGUGAAUUUGUUUUUAUUUUUUUAAUAAGAUUUAUGAAUUGAAUAUCAUGAACCAUGUUUUGAUAUCCCUUUUUCACGUUGUGCCAAUGGAAUCGGGUGUUUGAUAUUUCUUUAUAUGUCAAGGAGAUGCUUCAAAAUGUCAAUUGCUUUAAACUUAAAUUACCUCUCAAGAGACCAAGGUACAUUUACCUCAUUGUAUAUAUAAUGUUUAAUAUUUGUCAGAGCAUUCUCCAGGUUUGCAGUUUUAUUUCUAUAAAGUAUGGGUAUUAUGUUGCUAAAUUACUCAAAUGGUACUGUAUUGUUUAUAUUUGUACCCCAGAUAACAUCAUCUAUACUUUCUGUUUUCUGUAUUUUAUUGUAUUUGUGCAAAAUUCUUUUGGCUUUAUCAUCGUAAUCUCUGCCCUUUCAGAUAUGUACAGAAAAUGUCCAUAUAAAUUUUCAUUUAAGUUGAAUGAUUUUGAGAAGCCUGUAAAGAGGAGAAAAAAAAUAAGCUGCAUUUCCCCAUAAGUUUUUUUAAAUUGUAUAUUGUAUUUGUAGUAAUAUUCCGAAUGAGCUGUAAAUAGGAAAUAGAAGAGUGAUGCUUAAGUCCUAACACUACAGUAGAAACAUGGAAGCAAUGCAAAUAAAAUACUUUUUUUUUCCCAA